AAAUUCGGGCGGAGCGAGAAGUGCCUUCGCGCGUCCAUGGAAAUUGACUUUCGCGAGGUUGCCCGAAAAGCAAGCCAUGGCUUUGCGCAGUAUGACUUCUGUACGUCGUAAAUGUGCUUCAAAGACACAGCAGACGGCGAGCCGUCAUAAAGAGCCUGUCACCGUUGUCCAUUUCUGUAGCGGCUCGCUCUCACGCCUCUUUCUUCCUGGUCCGGGCGCAACCCCCAGUGGACGCGUUCGGACCAGCCAUGGCACCGAAGCGGCGCCGAGACGAAGCUGAGAAGGCGGAGGAGGAGAAAGGUGGCAGGGAAAAUUCGGGCGGAGCGAGAAGUGCCUUCGCCUGCUACAACUGCGGGUGUCAGGAGAUGGCCAUCAAGCGGCUUGGGGGGCUGAAGGAGGGGCAGCGGCCCUGGUCGGUCAAAGUCUGCAACGACUGCUUGACGACCUGGAACCGCGACGUCUCCGCCGCCAACGUGAUCCGUGUGCUCCUCCUGCUGAAGCUGAUGGGCUUCGAGCGGCCGACCAAGCUGCAGCGGCCGCCAUGGCCGCCGGCGGCGGCGGGGCCGGCUGAGAGCCUGAACGGCGCUAGCAGGGCGUGGGGCUGAGGGUGCACGUGUUGAUUGGCGGCGAGUGACGUGACUAGUUUGUUAGCUGCGGGUUAGCACGGACUGUGCACCCCACCCAACCGGCCACGUCCGGAUUUGCGGGGAUGCCAAAGGCCCCCAACAUAGAGGCGUGUGCUUAGUAGGCGCCCGCUUCAAGGUGGCUGGGUUGAUAACGACCCGGGAUCAGCCCUUUUCCUGCCAUAAGGCAGCCACCUCCUUGUUUGUAGAGCAGGCGUGUAAAAGGAUGCAGAAGCUCUAGCUGUGCAUACGGUAGGCAGAUUACGUCGAUGCGGUGUCGUCUGUUAGUGAUGUGAUUGAGGAUCCAGGAUGCUUCAUGGUAGCGCUAGCUUUCUUGUCACGUAAUUUUUUUCACGGGGAGGUGGCGCAGCAGCAAGAUUAGUUGGCAUGUCGUACGGGCUGUGUGUACGGUAUGUGUUACCGAAGGGCGCGGAGAAGGCUUGUGCAUGACGUCGGAACCACAAGCGUAGAUGCCAAGAAGCAAUGCAAGCGCCGAAGGUGCACAGCCGGUGCAGGAGCUGAUGGCUGGGUGGUCAUCGAAGUUGAAUCGCCGGGGUGGGAUCCGGGAAGGCGGUGCCGGGUGUGGGCGCGGGUAGGCGUGCUGGCUGCGUAGCCUUCGCGUGUUGUCAGCAUGCCAACACGAGAGCAUGCACACGAGAUCCUGCAAGUAAUCCCA